AGACUCAGGACUGCUCAGAGUCGACAGAAAUCUUCCGCCGAUCAUCAUCGACGAGACAUUCAGUUCGAGGUUGGCGAACCAGCCUUUCUCAGAGUUCGUCCGAUUCGCAGAGUUGUGCGAUUCGGAAAGAGAGUGAAAUUGCACCCUCGUUUCAUCG